AACAACAACAGACGAGCAUCAUUAUUUUUUGAGAGCUGGCAAUGCCGUUUUACAGUUUUGGUAUUUUAGUGCAAACACAACUUUUAACGAAUUUUGUCUCACAUUUAUUUCACAUAUUUUCUGAGAUAAGCAAGCUGAAUUUUAAAAAACUGUUUUCAAAAUAAUCGUGUUGACCUUUUACGCAGCAGAACGAUCAGAGCUUUAACAAUUUUUUUUGAAUAAAAAUUGUGAAUAAAGAGCAAAAUAAGAAUAAUAAAUCGUGGAAAAGCGGGAAUUUAGUGCAAGAGAAGCGUUCAACGCAUUUAAGAAUUUAUAUUUGCAUAUAUGCAUACAUAGGGAGGUCCACAUAAACUUCCUGAGUAAAUCUAUAUAUAGCUCUUCUUUGGCAACUACACAGCGAUGGAGUCACCACCAAUGUUUAACAGUGUCGAAGAUGAGUGCCGGUAUUGGAAAGAACGUGCUAAGCUUUAUCACAAAGAAUGGACGGAUGUAAAACAAGAAUAUGAUGAGUACGUGGAACAAUCACGACAAAUGGAAGCAGAAAUGGAUGCUACACUUGAUCAAAAACAGAGUAUAAUCAAAGAUCUCAGAAUGACACUUUCUUCCUUAGAGAAAGAAAAUGAAUCAUUGAAGCUCAAACUCCAAUCUCAUGGCAUUGAAUUAGCCAAUACAGAGCGACAAAUGGAAAAUUUGAAAACUGAGCGCGAUUCGCUCAAAGUGUACCUGCGACAAUUGGAACAAAAAAACGAUGACUUGGAGCGUGCACAUCGUAUACUCAAUGAAAGCAUUGCUGAUUUUGAAAGAAUGUUGGAUAAAGCUUAUGAGAAAAAUGCUCUUCUUGAAAUGGAGGUGGAUGAAAAGGAAAUGCUGCAGGAAAAGCUACAGAGACUUAUGGAUGAAACAAGAGACUUAAAACAAGAACUGAAUGUAAAAACGCGUAAUCCAUUAAAUGGUUCAGUUAGUAAUAUAUCAGAAACGACAACACUGUCCGCACCUUUAACAAAUGGCGCUGUAAAUAACAGUGAUAAUACCCAUGAGGAAAACAGCCUCAACAAUACCAGUCUCCACAGCACCAGCCUUACACAUAAUUUGAACAACAGUCCAGCAGUUAUACCCAAUUACGGUGAACAACAUUCAUUGAAGAAAAAACCAUUUUCAGAUUCAACAAAUUUACUCAACGGCAACGCAAUGACGCCCAGCUCGCGUACGUCUGCACUUAACAUUGUUGCAGAUAUGCUACGGAAAUUGAAUUUGGAGAGGGCACUUUUAUGCCCUCAGUGUGAAAGGUUUCGUUGUAUCUGUGAUCGUUCGUUUGCUGCUGCUGUUGACUCUACAAGCAGCUGUGCCUUCACACCGACGGCCGAUAACGUAGGUCGCCUUAGACGGAGUUUAACGAAUACCUUUGGCAGCAAUAAUUCCAUGGACACGAGCGCUACAGGCACCUCCACAAACACGUCCUGCACCGACUACGAUGCCGAUGCCUCCGAUGUUCCCUUACGACGAAUCGGCAGUCGUAGCAAUUCGAGCCUAAAUUUUGGUACAAAUAUUUUUAAGCGCUUCGCAGACCGCAUGAGCGGUGGAAAUAGCAAUUCCCCGAACACGACUAAAACGCCGAUUCGUACAUCAAUUAAAAAUAUUUCGAGUUUGAAUUAAAUACAAUAAGAUCGA